GCAAACUGGUUUCAGUUGCUGACAGACCUUGUUCCAGAGCAGACCAGAUCUUUAUUACUUCGGAGUUUGCUAAAGUUCUUAUCGUCUACGGAAUAGUUUCUGAAAGAAAGAUGCUUUUGUUUUCAUUAACAUUGAUUAGCUGCCUGCUGGCCGUCCAAGCUGGCACCGUGGAGGAAGUUUUCACUUCGCAUCAGGUGGUUCCCGAUGUCAUUCCAGAGCCACCAAACCAGUUAUUAAAGGUCACGUACAGCAACAACCUUGUAGCCAAAGAUGGAGUGGAGCUUACGCCCACGCAGGUUAAGGAUCAGCCGAACGUGGAGUGGGAAGCCCAGCCUGGGGAAUACUAUACACUCAUCAUGACCGAUCCCGAUGCACCCAGCCGUGCAGAACCCAAGUUCCGUGAGUUCAAGCACUGGGUGCUGGUCAACAUCGCCGGCAAUGACUUGUCCAGCGGUGAGGCGAUCGCCGAAUAUAUUGGCUCCGGUCCACCACAAGGAACGGGACUCCAUCGCUAUGUCUUCUUGCUGUACAAACAGUCUGGUAAACUUGAGUUCGAUGAGGAUCGCGUAAGUAACAAAUCCCGUAAGGAUCGACCAAAAUUCAGUGCCGCCAAGUUUGCCAAAAAGUAUCAACUGGGCAAUCCUAUAGCUGGAACCUUCUACCAAGCCCAAUAUGACGACCAUGUGCCUAAACUGCACAAACAACUUUCGGAAAAUUAAUCUGGUUUUUUUUUUGAAAUUUUAUACGGAUUACCAAUCCAUUAAUAACUACAUCAGAAUAUAAAUAAAUUACUUUUAUACAUAAAAA